CAUCAGUUUAAAUUGCCUUUAACAUCGCUGAAGAAGCAACAAGCUUCUCUUAGCAGGUUUGCAAGUCCCGCUAGUGAACACGGGCGAUUGAAACUGGAGUACAGCCGUUCCUUGGAAAGCAAAACGAUAACGCAGUAGCUCUUGUUACUGAGAUAAAGAUUUAUUCGUGGGGUUUAUCAUUGUGCAUACAUAUCGGUGGCCGGGUGUGAGUGAUGGAUGAUAUGCGGCCUAGCGGCGGCGCCGGAGCCGCAGCCAUGGGUCUGGCGUCGCUAUUCCCCCCGGGUCUGCAAGCUAUUUACGGGGAAUGCAGGCGGCUGUACCCCGAGCAGCCCAACCCGCUGCAGGUCACAGCCAUCGUGAAAUACUGGUUGGGAGGGCCGGAUCCCUUGGAUUACAUCAGCAUGUACAGGUGUGUGGGGAGCCCGGCGCAGCAUGUUCCAGAACACUGGCACUACGUUAGCUUUGGGCUGAGUGAUCUCUAUGGAGACAACAGAGUGCACGAAUUUACUGGACAGGAUGGACCGAGUGGAUUUGGGUUCGAGCUGACGUUUCGGCUAAAGCGAGAAGCAGGAGAGACAGCCCCCCCAACGUGGCCAGCGGAGCUCAUGCAGGGGCUGGCUAGAUAUGUGUUCCAGUCAGAAAACACGUUCUGCAGCGGGGAUCAUGUUUCGUGGCACAGUCCUUUAGAUAACAGUGAAUCCCGUAUCCAACACAUGCUGCUGACUGAGGACCCCCAGUUACAGCCAGUGCAAACACCCUUUGGACUGUUAACAUUCCUGCAGAUUGUGGGUGUUUGUACAGAGGAGCUCCAGGCUGCCCAGCAAUGGAACGGGCAAGGAAUCCUUGAUUUGUUACGCACUGUCCAUGUUGCUGGAGGCCCUUGGUUAAUCACUGACAUGAGAAGAGGGGAGACCAUAUUUGAAAUUGAUCCACACCUACAACAGGAGAGAGUGGAUAAAGGGAUCGAGACGGAUGGCUCUAACCUGAGUGGUGUGAGUGCAAAGUGUGCCUGGGAAGAUCUGAGCAGGCCUCCAGAUGAUGAGGAUGACAGCAGGAGUAUCUGCGUGGGCUCCCAGCCUCGCCGCCUGUCUGACAAAGAUACGGAACAGAUCCGAGAGGCCUUGCGAAGGGGACUAGAAAUUAACAACAAACCAGUUUUACCACCGAUCAGUGGACAAAGACAGAGUCAUGACCGGCCCCAACAAUCAGUGGGCCAUUUGCAGAGCCAGCAGACUUCAAGGAGCCGUAAAGACAGUCUGGAAAGUGAAAGCUCUGCAGCCAUUGUCCCUCAUGAGCUGGUCCGCACCAGACAGCUGGAGAGUGUCCACCUCCAGUUCAACCAGGAGUCUGGGACGCUUAUUCCACUGUGCCUGAAGGGCCGGCUGCUCCACGGAAGACACUUCACAUACAAAAGUAUUACAGGUGACACUGCCAUCACAUUUGUAUCAACAGGAGUGGAAGGAGCCUUUGCGACUGAGGAACAUCCGUAUGCUGCUCACGGACCGUGGCUACAGAUAUUACUGACCGAGGAGUUUGUAGAAAGAAUGCUUGAAGAUCUAGAGGACCUAACAGCACAAGAAGUACCUAAGCUACCCAAGGAGUAUAGCUGGCCGGAGAAGAAGCUGAAGAUCUCCAUCUUGCCAGACUCUGUGUUUGACAGCCCUCUGCAGUAGCGCAGGAGAGACCACGCGACGGGUCUCAGAGAGAAGUACACCCUGACUCCACUGCUGCAGUGAAGCUAAGCUCAAUGAAAAACAGAGUAGAGAUGUGGAAACAACCCCUGACCUGCAUCUGGAAACGUUGGCCUGCCCAGACUGGGUGAGGUGCUGUUUGUCUAAGUGCCCUUCCACUCCAUCCUGUCUCGAUUCCACAACAUUUCAGCAGGUGUGUGUGUGUGUGUGUGUGUGUGUGAGAGUGAGUGAAUGAAUACCCUGUACUAUACAAACACCGCUUUGUGCUCGACUCAGUUUAGUCUAUGGGGAGCUAGACUGAGGAACAGUUUAACAGAAAUUCCAGGAGUUGUCCGUGUUGCGGUCUGUCCAGACCUGUGAUGGGACCAGGAACGCUGUUUGGUUGGUUUGAUCAACCUAAACCCUGCCAGGAUCAGCCACAGCUGGAGUAUAUUUUAGAGCAUUUGACCGAUCCAGCUGUGGCUUAUCAAGGUAUGCGUUGAUCAAACCAAACCUCAAACUGUUGAAAAAGAAAAGGACCCUUGCUAAAUCCAUGGAUCAGGUUUCCAUCACUCAGUUACAAAAGAAACAAGUUGCACAUUAAUCAGUGUGGUGGUAGUGUUUGUAUUGUAACUAUUUGACUGAAGUACAGGCCAACUACUCUGUUUCCAUUGUUUGUAUCUUUUUUUUUUUUUUUUUUCUAUUAAUUUUUUUUUUAAUUGAUUACGAUCAUGCCAAAGAUAUAUGUUCCAUUGGCAGGUAACUUAUUUUGUAUUAGAAUCAGUUUGAAACCUGACUCUUUGUUUUUUGUAAUCUUAUUUUUAAGUAUGCUGAAUUUUUAGUGUCCUUUUAUUUUCAAAAUGAUCAAUACAAUUGGUAUACGAAUAACCACACUCAUAAAUGUACAUGCUGACCAGUAACAGUCUCUGUAGCUCGACUGUUAAUGUCUCUCUUCUGUAAUAAAUCCUGUGCUUCCCAGCAGCAUAAGAAUGCACGCCGUUAUCCUGGUGCAGCGUAGUGAAGGUUUAAAGAAGUGGCAGAAAGUGGAAACUCCAUUCUGUCGUCUUGAGGUUAAGAUCGAUGAGUAACCAGAGGUGCUGGUCCAGCGUGUGCAUUUUUAAAUUCCCUGCCGUUUUCACGUGGGUAUUGACUGGUGUUUUAUUCAGAGUAGUGUGACCUUUUAGAGCAAAUCUGUUUUUAAUGAAGGUCUUAAACAGAGCGCUCGUUCCCCACAGUAAGCGACUUGUCCUCGAUACACAGUGUGUUACUUCUACUGGUCAGUGUAUAAACACUUUCCAAUUGGAAUGAACGCAACGCUUAACACUGUGUGUCUCUGCCAACUGAAAGAAACGCUUCAAACAAAGUUAAUCGUUGAUUCUAUGACUUCUGCUUACUUAUCAGCAGUGCAAGAAGGUGUUCUUCAUUAGCAGAGAUUUUUUUUAUAUCGUAGAUUAUAAUGUAAAAAAUGUUACAGUAUAUUUUAGUGCACAUUUCCUUUUUUAAUAUCCUUUUUGUGAAUCACUAAACUGUCUUUCUGUAAUCUUCAAGUGCAUUAAAACUAUUUACAGAAA